CAACAGGCAAACUACUAGAUGCGGUUUGGUUGAGUCUUUUCAUGACGGGUAGUAAAAAGUGUACUGACACCUCUCACGUCCUCUAGCAUCGACGCGACUGAAGCGAUAUCCUAUUAUGCGUCAAAUGAUGUACUUGCGAGUUCAUAUACAAAACAAAUACAUUCACCCAGGUCACUAAACAGUGGUGAACAAAAUUGUGCUGAAAGUGAUAGCGAUUAUAUUUGCUUAAAACACGGAUAAGAGAUUUACUAUUAAAGUAAAGGAGAACAGCGCAGAAAGUAUGGCAAGAUUUGCAACAAAAUCCAACAGAAUCUGAUAAUAAUAAAAGAUAAGUGUUUUUUUAAAUAUUUUGGAUAAUUUAUCUUUACGUGCAAAACUCGAUCUGGCUGUUUGAAAAUGUACUCGCAAUCUGUUGGUAGAAAGCAUUCUUUUCAAGGCGUACCGCCGGAAUAUUCAACAGUGGUUGGUCUUGACGGUUCAACAAACUUGAUAAAUGUUGGCGUUUCUUGUAGUGAUAGUGCAUUGAAUCAAGAAAUAGAUAAUGCUCCAAAGAAGCCAGCACGAUUGCAGAAUAAACAAGGAAUGUCUGUUGAGGACUGCCGGAAAUUAUCGAAGACACAAAAUCAGUAUAGUAUUAAAAGUGCAGAGCUCCGGAGAAAAAGUGAAGCGUCUUCCAACCUUCACAGAGAUAGUGACCUUACAAAAGAUCAGAAACGUGACGACUUUAGACGUAAGAGUGACGUAGUGCUACGUAAAAGGCAAUUGCCAGGAGUGAACUACCGUGGGAAAUAUAUACCAAAGGACUCAGUAGUUUUGGCGCAUCAGCGCCGCAGUGUUGUACAUGUUUCAGGGGGCAGUAAAAUGAAUCGUAACGUAAACUACAAUACGUUACCUGGUGGAAGUAGACGUGCUGUUACCAGUCAGCCAAUGUCAAGUUCUUUUCCAGGGCCAUCUGAAAACCCAGACUGGCCAGUGUUGAGUGAGAAUGAAUGUGAAAAUAAUGGAAAUAAUUCUGUGAUAUUUAAAACAGGAAAUUAUGGUAUUUCUUCUGUUACGGAAAGUGUGAAAGGAUUUAUGAAAAUUCUUCAUAUUCCAUUCCAGUGCUGUAAGAGAAAGGUAUGUCGGCAGUGUUGUAGUAUGUUGUGUUGUGAUUUUUCAUUACUUCAAUAUUAGUUGCCGUGUAAGGGUAUGAACUUCUAUUUUUGAGACACAAAAUCAGUUGUAGAGUGACCUAAUGAAAUAUCUUAUCGCCUCUAGAAACUUUCGAAUCAACGGAAUACAUAUUUAAAAUAUCGAAAGCGACUAGAAAAGAUUAGUUUCAUGGAAAACAAACAUAAUGGUCCCUUGAGGUAAUGGACCCAUAAAGACAAUCGGCAAUUUCCGUGCAAUUAAGUGUCCUCCGAAUGAUAUUUCGGCAUCUUUCGACCAUUACAGAAAUUGCUCUUUAUAAGAACUGAAGAAUGCCAAAAUCGUUUAUGGAUAAUACGUAGAAAAUGAAUAGAAAUUGCCAUUUGUCAUUAAA